AUGAAACUGCCCAAGGGGGUCAGGAACCCUGUGUUCUAUGGGCAACAGCCAGAGAGGAAGGUGCAGGUGCCCUCAGGGCAGGAGGUAAAGCAGACCCCUGUUGUCCUGGCAACAAUUAAAGGUCCGGGGCCUGCUAAAUACCUCCGGCCAUCCUGCACGGGCUACACAGACCACGACGUCUCCCUGUUCCAGGAGCCAGCCUAUACCCUGCACACCCGGCACUCGGAGAAGCGGAUCAUGGACAUAUGCAACCCUGGGCCAUGCUAUUUCUUGGAUCCUAAAAUAACUCGGUUUGGAAUGUCCAGCUGCCCUCAGGUUCCCAUGGCGGAGCGCAUCUCUAACCUGCGCCUGAGCCCCACCCUGGCCUCCUGCCAUUACCACCUGGAGAAGACCCACCCGCCUGGGGAGCGCAGGGCUCCCAAGUACACCUUUGGCUACCGGUGCCCAUACAGAGUGAUGGACCCCAACCCGGGCCCCAACCAGUACCAGUUGCCACUCCUGCUGGGGCCCAACCUGCCCGCCAACAGAGCUGCUCCUUGCUACAGCCUGAGCCCCUUGGACAAGAACUGGUUCUACAAGGAGGAUGUGGCAGGAGGCCCUGGACCGGCCAUGCACGCCCGGCCUGAGCCGUCUGUCUACCAGAACCGCAGCCCCAUGUACAGCAUGGCCAGGCGCUUUACCUACCCGGUGGACCACACACCUCGGCCCGGCCCCGGCUCCCAUGACGUCCAGCAGGUCACGGUGCACAAGUCCCGCACGCCCGCUUUCACCAUGGGCAUCAAGCACUCGCCCCACCUGUGCCCACUGAUUGUCGACAUUCACGACUGAGGCCCCUCC